AUGGACGACAGCCCUUUCGAGCCCCGGGCGAGAAGAAAAGUUGAGAAUAAAAGCCACCCCUUGCCGCCGACCGCAGCCACCAAGAGUCGCCGAAAAUCGCCGCCGCUUGCCGAAGUCACCGGAACCCGUCCCGAGCCCAAACGCACGCAGUGGAGAGCACAGGCCCGCAACCGCACGCAGCUGAGCUUCGUGAACAGGUCCCAGCCGCGACGCCCAGCUCCUUCGCGCAUCACGUGCACGCUGAUCCCGUUAAUCCUGCUCGUGUUCUGCGUGAUCCGACGUCCGUGUUCCACGCGUCCGACAGACCUCGCUCGACCAGAACUCCUCGCGCCCAUAGGAGACAUCCCGAGCACGCCCGCGUGA